AAAUAAUUAUCAAAAAUUACCUACAUCUAUCAGAUAACCUUCGAUGCAUUACUGAGAUCAAUGCUUAGGUGCAAUAAAUGCUGGCAUAAUUCUGGUUCUGACCUCCGAUAUCUUUUCGAAUAUUUCAGAUUUGAGGGUGGCUUUAGGUUACUCCAGUAUUCGCAUUGUAUCCAACCGAAUUAACACAUUUUUUCAUAAUAUUUAGAAAAAAAUUUCCCUUUUGGGUUCAUUGCACCCAUUCCAAUUUCCACCGUUUUGUUGGCGCACAUUGUAUAUUCGCUGGUCUGAUAGGGAAAGUUCAAAAUUGCAUUUCCGUCGUCCAAGUUUUGUUGUUACAUUUGUUUCAACCGACUUAGAUGACCAACCAUGCCUAUCAGAUAGUAUCAAUAAUUUCCCUAAUGAUGAUUAUUGUCAUUGUUGACUUCUUUUUUGUAAAAUCAUUAGGGAGCUGGUUAUUCAUGGAAUGUGGGCACAUGUGCCCGAACUGAACAUCCAGAGCUUAAUAGGUUAGUGAUCUCGUGAAUUGAAAUGGAUUUAGCAGGACCAUUCGCCGGUUUUAUAACAACAGUUACUAUUGUUGCAACGCUUUUAUAUAUGAAUGGUCAUUUUCGCCAACAAAAAUAUGGAUUAGUCCCAAAUAAUACAGAAGACAAUGGGGGAUUAGAUCCAAAUGGCCCAGAUGUUCAAUUUAUUCUCUAUAAAAGGAAUUCUUCACCAUUUAAUCUGGUACUGCAUGACCAAACCAAAUUCGAUGAAUCUAGAUUCAAUAAAUCAUCGCCCACCAAAAUAAUAAUCCAUGGUUUUCUAAGCGGUAUUAGGGAAGAAGUCUUCACGCUAAACAAGGACGCUUUCCUGAAAAAAGCAGACUAUAACGUUAUUGGAAUGGACUGGUCUGCAUUAUGCGAAUUUGAAUACCUUUCAGCAAUGCGUGGCGCCCAGAUAGCCUCUCAGUAUUUGGCGGAAAUGAUAGAGUGGUUGGUGAUGCAAGACGUUUCAUUGACAGAUAUUCACCUCAUUGGGCAUAGCUUAGGGGCUCACGUAGCAGGGAUGGCAGGUAGUAAAUUAACAUCUGGGAAAGUAUCUAGGAUAACAGGUCUGGAUCCCGCCCUCCCUGGCUACUAUGAAAGAGGACCUCAAGUGAAAUUAGACCCUGGUGAUGCCGAAUUGGUAGAUGUUGUACAUACAUACAUGAAGAUCCUCGGGUAUGCUCAACCAUUGGGUCAUAUCGAUUUCUAUGCAAAUGGAGGAAGGUACCAACCUGGAUGUCCUGACAUAUAUGACAUCUGGAAAAUAGGGGAAAGUCUUCACUGCAACCAUGCAAGAUCUUAUCAAUAUUUUGCUGAAUCCAUUUUGAAUCCCAAAGCCUUCAGGUGCAGAAGAUGUUCAUCCGUUGAAGAGGCUUUGGGGGAAAAUUGCUUUGAAGAUACCGAUAUUUAUAUGGGAGAACCAUCUACUUAUCGGAAUGGACUCUACUUUUUUCGCACUAGAAACAGUCCUCCUUUCUCGCCACCACCAUGAAGUGUUCCUAUGACAUCACUUAUUUUUCAUUGUCUAUUUUUAUACCUAUUUUGUAGAAAAAAUUAAAGAAGGACUAAGGACUACAACUGCAUGACCAAGCAUAAUACCUUUGGAUGAAAAUUUAGAUCAGGUUUAGAAGUUUCUAACUAUAUUUAUUCGUUACAUUUUGGUUGUAGUUCCUCGAAAGUAAGUACGCAGGGUUGAUUCAUUAAGGGCGUGACGACCAAAAUUGAUAAUCUCGUGUCACUUUUAUGGAAGUUAUAGUGUUUUUUCUAUUGCAAAAUGUUUACUUAUACCACCACUCAAAAAUAGAAAAUAUCGAAAAAUUACCUGAACCAAUGUUGUGAAAUAGAAAAAGCAGUUUCUAAUUUCAUUAUAUUUCACAAAAGUAGAAUAAUACCUAAUACCUACUAAACUCCUCAAUGAAAAAAUGCAAUUAUACUUUAUAAGCAGUGAAGUCAAAAGACUUUUUAAGUUCAUUCACUGUUAGUAAGUGAUAGAUUGUACCUUAUAGUGGAAAAUAAUAAAGUUCGUAAAUUCAUUUUCUAAAGCUAUAGGAGAUUCUGCCGG